UUUUUCUUUGUGUCCUGUGUUCAGUCACUGCUUGGAGGGAAAAGAGUUUUGCCGUUAGCGUUCGGUUGACUCCGUCCCCAAGAUCCUGCAGCCCCACGGACCUGGCGACUCCACCGCGUUCGGGAAUUCUUUCUAGGAACUCAAUGUAUCUUCAUGAAGGAAAGACAGAGGCAGAAAGGAAGAUGGCUUACUGCCUGACAAAUUGUUAUCAGGACUCGGUGACCUUUGAGGAUGUAAGUGUGGACUUCACUCAGGAGGAGUGGACUUUAUUGGACCCACUUCAGAGAAACUUUUACAGAGAUGUGAUGCUGGAGAAUUAUGAGAACCUGGCCAAAGUUGGAUUUCAGCUCCUUAAACCCAGUCUGAUCUCUUGGUUGGAAGAAGAAGAAGAAUUGAGGACAUUGCAGCAAGGACUUCUCCAAGAAUGGGCAAUAAAACUUCACACCAGUGUUUCAGCAGUGCAGCAGGAUUUUUGUAAAAUACAAACUUCUAAAGGGAUACAAACGGACCUGGUAAGCUUUGACAGUGUAGCUGUGGAGUUCACCCAGGAAGAGUGGACUUUACUGGACCCAACAGAGAGAAACUUGUACCGUGAUGUGGUGCUGGAGAACUACAAGAACCUGUCUUCAGUAGGGUACCAGCUUUACAAACCCAGUCUGAUCUCUUGGAUGGAGGAAGAGGAAGAGUUGAGCACAUUGCCAAGAGUUCUCCAAGAAUGGAAAAUGUGCCUGAAAACCAAUGGGCCAGUCCUUUGGCAAGAUAAUUUUUGUUUAAAAACAUUAAAUGGGACUCAGUUGGCUAGAAACCAAAAUGGAGAGGAACUCUAUGACUGUAAGCAAUGUGGAGAAGUGUUCUGUAAACAUUCAUGCCUUAAGACAAACAUGAGUACUCAAAAUAGAGAAAACAUGUCUGAAUGUAUUCAGUAUGUAAAAGACCUCCUUUCUCUAUACAAUAAAACCUCUACCAUAAGGAAAGUUUCUGUGUUCAGUAAGCAUGGAAAAUCUUUCAGCCUGAUUUUAAAUGUUCAGGUCCAAAGAAAGUGCACACAAGAUAAAACCUUUGAAUGCAUUGACUAUGGGAAAGUCUUUGUUUAUCAGUCACACCUUGAAGCGCACAGAAAAACUCAGAGUGGAGAAAAACUCUAUGAAUGGAAGCAAUGUGGGGAAGCAUUUACCCACUCCACAAGCCAUGCUGUAAAUGUUGAAACACACAUUAUUAAAAACCCCUAUGAAUGUAAGGAAUGUGGAAAAUAUUUUAGAUGCUCUACCCACCUUAAUAAUCACAUGCAAACCCACUUUGGGAUAAAACCUUAUAAAUGUAAGCACUGUGGGAAAACCUUCACUGUGCGGUCAGGCUUUCUUGAACAUGUACGAACUCACACUGGAGAGAAGCCCUAUGGGUGUAAGGAAUGUGGUAAAGCCUUUCGUACAUCUGCAGGCCUUGUUGAACAUAUAAGAUGUCACGCUAUAGAGAAAACCCUUAAAUGUGACUAUUGUGGGAAAGCCUUUAUUUCUUACCCAUCUCUUUUUGGACAUUUGAGAACUCAUAAUGGAGCGAAGCCAUAUGAGCAUAAGAAAUGUGUGAAGGCCUUUGGUACAUGCUCAGGCAUUGUUGAAGAUAUAAGAAGUAACACAGGACAGAAACUCUUUGAUUGUGACCAGUGUGGGAAAGUCUUUGUUUCUUUCUCAUCUCUUUUUGCUCAUUUGAGAACUCACACUGGAGAGAAGCCCUUUAAGUGUUACAAAUGUGGGAAACCAUUUAUCUUUUCUGCCUGUCUUCAUAUUCACAUGCGAACUCACAUAGAAGAGCGACCCUAUCAAUGUAAGGAAUGUGGGAAAACUUUCACUAAGUGCUCAUAUCUUACCAAACAUUUACGAACGCACACUGAAGAAAAACCCUAUGAAUGUAUGAAAUGUGGGAAGGCCUUCACUGAGCGCUCAUACCUGACUAGACAUUUACGAAGACACAGUGGGAAGAAGCCCUAUGGAUGUAAGAAAUGUGGAAAAGCCUUCACAGAACGCUCAGACCUUAAUAAACAUUUACGAACACACAUUGGAGACAGGCCCUAUGAACACAAGGAGUGUGGGAAAGCCUUUGUUGCCUCCUCAAGUCUAACUUAUCAUUUAAGAACUCACACUGGAUAUAAACCCUAUAAAUGUAAUAUGUGUGAAAAAGCUUACAGUAGAUCUUGUGUACUAACUCAACACUUAAAAACUCAUGCUGCAGAGAAGACUUCUGAAUGUAACACAUGUGGAAAAUCCUUUUGAAAUUCCUUGUGCUUUAAUGAUUGCUUACAAACUCACACCAAAAUAAAAUCGUAUAAAUGUAAGGACUGUGGGAAAGCCUUCACUUUUCAUUCAGAUCUUUCUAACGUGCAAAUUCACACUGGAGAGAAGCCCUAUCAAUGUAAGGAAUGUGGGAAGGCCUUCUGUACAUCCUCAGGACGUAUUCAACAUUUAAUAAUUCAUAUGGGAUAGAAACAAUUUGAAUGUGACCAGUGUGGGAAAGCCUUUGCUUCUUUAUCAGCUCCUAUUGCACAUUUGAAAACUCACACUAGAGAGAAGCCCCAUGGAUGUGGAAAAAUGUGGAAAAACUUGCUGUUUCCUCAAGCCUAA